CGGUCUCUGUGGCAGGUAGUUUGGUUGCACGCGCAUCAGGCCUGUGUCGGUGUGUGUCAGUGCCACCGGUGCAUCCGGAGCCCAGUGAGUCUCACAGGCGGUGCGCUGGAAAUAAAACUUCCCCAGCGAUGACCGACCGCAAACCUUUCGUGCAACUUUAACCCGAGAAGAUGUCAGAUGUCACCAAGACCGUCCAGAAGUGGCACGCGAGUUUUAAAAAGGGCACGGACUUUGAUUCGUGGGGACAGCUGGUAGAAGCCAUCGAUGAAUAUCAAAUACUUGCGAGGCAACUGCAGAAAGAAGUGCAGUCAUCAAACUCGCAUGAUUUUACAGAGGAACAGAAGAAAAAUAUUGGAAAAUUUGCAGCAUGUCUUGAAAUGCGAAGUGCAGCUUUACAGUGCACACAAUCUCAAGAGGAGUUCAAGUUAGAAGACCUGAAAAAACUGGAACCCAUUAUUAAGAACAUUCUGACUUUCAACAAAGAUUUCCCUUUUGAUGUCCAGCCUGUGCCUUUGAGGAAAAUUCUUGCACCGGGAGAGGAGGAAAACCUAGAGGUGGAGGAGGAGUUGGAUGCUGGUACUGGUGCGGGUUCGACACCAUCAUUCCCCCCUAGAGUGCCAGGUACUUUGUUGCAACGCUUACCCUCAGAGCCUGGAAUGACUCUCCUCACACUAACGAUAGAGAAGAUCGGGCUGAAAGAUGCAGGACAGUGUAUUGACCCUUACAUUACAGUCAGUGUUAAAGAUCUGAAUGGUAUAGAUUUGAACCCAAUUCAAGACACCCCAGUGGCCACACAGAAAGAAGACACGUACAUUCAUUUUAGUGUGAAUGUAGAAAUCCAGAAACAUCUAGAAAAACUACCCAAAGGUGCAGCUAUUUUCUUUGAAUUCAAACACUACAAACCCAAGAAAAGAUUUACCAGCACUAAGUGUUUUGCUUUCAUGGAAAUGGAUGAAAUCAAACCAGGACCCAUCGUUAUAGAACUGUACAAGAAACCAACUGACUUCAAGAGGAAAAAACUCAACCUCCUGACCAAGAAACCACUCUACCUGCACCUUAAUCAGAUUUUGCACAAAGACUAAACAAAAAUCCCACAGCUGAGAAUGUGACUGACAUAACAUUAAUUCUGUUUCUGGGCUGUGGUGCUGACCGGUUCCAUUUGGAGCAUCAUCUCUUACAUUCCCUGCAAUAUCAGACUCUUUAUCCCAGAUCUCCAGUCCAGGGGUCGGGACGCAGCGCCUUCAUAUCUAGAGAACUUGACAUGGAAACUCGGAAACUUGGUGGAUUAAAUUCUGAACAUGCCAUGUCCCUGAUAGCACUCGUGUAUCACUCAGACGUCUACUUGAUGGGUGUGUUUACAUCUGGAAGAUGUAUUUUUUAGGUUGUUUGCUCAUUUGCAAUACAUCUACAAGACAUUUUCUCUCGGAUGUCAAUACGACAUUCAGCAGAUGUCUCUGAGACGAUGAUUUAGAAUGUUUGUAAAUCUGAUCUUUUUAAGAUGUUUAGCAGAUGUUAAUUAGAUUGUGAUCCCAGGUAGCACACAUACCUCUCUGAGAUGUUUGUUUUAGAUCUUUUCAUCUGGAAAGUAUCACAUUUUAAUAAACAUCUCCUGAACAUCUUACAAAGAUCAGAUUUACAAACAUUCUAAAUGUUUGAUGUUACACGUCUCAAAUACAUCUGCCGAAUGUCUGAUUAACAUCCGAGAAGAAACGUCUCCUAGACGUAUUGCAGAUGAGCAAACAACCUAAAAAAUACAUCUUCCAGAUGUAAACGCACGCAUCAAAUAGAUGUCUGGGAGAUGUUCGUGUGCUAUCAGGGAUGCUUUCCAGAUGAAAAAAUCUAAAACAGACAUCUCUGAGAUGUACAUGUGCUAUCUGGGGUAUGAUGAUUUCUGAUGUAAAAAGAUGGAUAUACCUUGAUGUUUUGGCAACAAAACUCCUCAUUGGUCUUUAUAUUGUUAUUGUAUUGAAACCAUUAUGUUACAGACCAGCAUAUUGCCACGUUUGGCAUUGGCCAAAGACUGGAAAUCUAUAGAGAUAUAACGCAUCUGACUAUAACGCAUGGCUUAUUUUUUUAUUUUAUUUUUUUUAAUAAUUUUUCAUGUUUUAGGACUACAAACUGAACAUCAAUUGAGUAUCUGUUGACUGCACAGUGCACCGUGCUAAUGUCACUUUUCAAAAGAUUAAGUACUUU